AUGGACCAGGCGAAACUGCGGGUACCUCGCUGGGGGUACAAGAGAAUAUCUAAGGCCAUGGAGAAGGUGUUUCGACCCGCGUUGCAUUUGGUUGGUACUUACACGCACGGAUACAAAUUGCAGCUGUCUCUGGCAGAUGAAGAUCAAAAAAAGAACAGUGAAACGAGCAUUGAGCUGGUGUGUACAGCGUUGUGCAGUGUUCUCCAAUCAGUUGGAACCGUCCCUUUGAUGGUGCACCUACAGCAGGACACCACCUAUAGGGAGGGAAAGAAUACCUUCAUGUUGACAUUCAUGAUGCUACUUCAGGUAUUGUGCUGCGUGCGCAUUACAACCCUGGGCUUUCUUAGAACAGCUCAUUCUCACGAUGACAUUGAUCAAUGUUUCGGCCAAAUUUCAAGGCUCCUCAUGGGGAAAACUUGCUCUUCAGCAGAUGGAAUGAUUUCGAUUCUUCAAGAUUGCAUCAUGUCCAAUGCCCCGAAUGAAAACAGUGCUUCUGGUCGAAUCAGGGGUUCUGUUGCUGAAGCAUCCAAACUGGAUGAAGUUUCUCUCUGGAAAGACUUUGUGGGACAAGUGGGCAUCAAAUUCAAAGGCCUUCGACAUAUUCACUAUUUUCGCUUUUGCCAUCGCCGGGAUUUGGGUCCUGAAGUUCUUGACAACGUGCUGAAUUUGGAGGAGUUCGGACGAGGUUUUGAACCAAAUCCAACCGACACGUUCCUGGUCACAAAACGAUGGCUCGCUGAUCACACUGUUUUGCGAGCAAUUUGUGUUGUACCUGAGUCUAUGGCCAAAGACAUUCGAACAGGAUUCACACUUCCCCGUGGGACCGCUCCGAGACGAAGUAUCAGUGAAACACCAGUGGUUGCACGCCUUGCUGAAAUGGAAUCCCCAAGGUACGACCUUAUUCGCCAAAAGCUUGAGGGAUUGGGCUAUGUGAUCUCCGGUGAGCUGUACAACACUGCAGAUUACGGCUUGCCGCAACAAAGGCGUCGAGCCUGGCUGCUGUGCAUUAUCAAAGCGGAGCUUGCUACUUCAGAAGAGCAGUUGGCAAAUGAUAUGAGGCUUUUCAUGAGGAGGAACGCCAAGCUCAAGAAGCGCAUUCAGGAGAUCCAGCCAUUCGCUACCACUUGCUCUGCAAGAGAGCUUGCCAUUUUGGCUGUUGCAGUGGAGGAGCUGGCACUCGAUCAUAAGGUGGAUGCGAUGAAGGAAUUGACGGUCAUUCAGGAUCAGAAUUUUCAGCGGUCCAAUUUCCCAAAGUCUGAUAUUUUCAGCAUUUCUUGCUUGAUUCCCGGUGGCAAGUACAUCAUCAAUACCAUCAUAGAGGACAGCAUGACCUUUUCAAAGAAGCUUGGUCUCAUUGACUCAGAUGCCACUGCGGAGCAGUUCAUGGACAAGUUCUUGACGAUGAAGGACUGGGCAGCGGCGAGACCAUUGGGGCUCGGCUUUCUCCUGAAGCUCUUCGUGCUGACUCUCAACAUGAAUACCACCAGGCAGAGCUACGUUUUGAAGAUGGCUCCUGCCAGUGACAUGACCUCUGCUAUGAUCAAGAGGAUCAUUCGUCAAAAUGUGGACUCUAAGAAGCUUGCUGUCAGCAGUUAUGAGUGGUCUGAAAUCUUGGCCGCCAUGCAGAAGGAGGGCGAAGCUGUUUCAGUGCAAACUGCAAUGGACAUGUACAACGCGAAUCCUGAAGUGACUGCUCAUGGUGGUUCCAGUGCCAAGGACAGCGAAGCUUCGAUUCCAAUUGAUUGGAGCCUACCUAUGAGUUCUCUGAGCCAAGAAAUGAUUUUCUGCAGGAUCCGAACCAACUUUGAGAGAUCGACUGCGAUCAUCCAAAAUCCGAGCGACCGCAAGAAGUAUAGGCAAACGGAGGAGGAACUGAUGUCACUCCGGAAUCUACUUUGUUUGUGGGCAUCGGUCCGAGACUUUUGCAGCACGCGGCUGAAGGACUUCCAUGAGUUUGACAAGUUGAUCAGGACCUCCACUGCCAAGGACAUCGAGCUUCGAGAGAUCUUGGAAAGUCGCCCUGCAGUCUUCGCGGUGUCCAUGCUUCCUUCCGCCCAGCGUCAGGCUUUGGAGGAAGCCCGCAUGCAGGAGGAAGGCAUCAGCCUUGAUGUCGAGAAAGAGCGCUUGAAAGUCAGAGAUGCUCGUUGGACCUACUUUCAGUCAGCAUUGGAACGAGAUCAAAAGCUGUUGAUGUGCGUCAAAGAAGCGCCACAAAAGGUCGAGGCUUUGCGACACCGCAAGGCAGUUGCGUGGCGACUCCAACAGGCUCAGCUGGGAGAGAAAGUUGUCAAUGCUUACCAGGACAAAUUUCUUCGUUGCGACCUGGUGAACAAAGUGGAGCUUGCUCAGCAGAAGAUCAAUGAGUUUCGGUCCUUUGUGGUUGCUUUGAAUGGUGAGCUGACUUUCUGUGGUUGUGCUCAAUCUGCUGGAUGCUCGGAGUUGGAUGUCUACUACAUCACGGUCGUAGACCUCAAUGUCCCCGGCGCCAAGUCGUCCGAACGUGUGCAAGAGCUUUGUAGCUGUCUUCAGUUCAGCAACGACCUUUGUCCUCAGCGCCAUGUCGGAUUGGUUGAGCUCCCUGAAUAUGCCAAAAAGGCCUCGAAGAGAGGCUUAGCAGAUGAGGAGCAAGAACUCCAAAACACUUUGUGGAGUCUGAGGCAGACAUGUGACUCCAGGUGGAUCUGUCCAUUUGACAUUCACCCAAGUGCAGAUGCGCAGACCAACCGCAGGCGCUUCAGCACAGGAAGGCUGGUGUGUAACAUGGAUGGAGCGGAAGACAACAUCUUCUUGACAUCCUCAGAACUUGGAACCGCAGGCCGCCCGCUCAGUCAUGAGUGCAUUACUUUGCCACUGUCCCGGGAGAUCAUUGUGCCAGAAUCCUUGUCACCGGAUGGGGACUUGAAGCAAGCGGAACGGGUUCGCCCAUCUGUAGAGACAUGCAGUGCCCAAAAGGGCACCAAGCGCUGGAUGCAGCUCUUGCAAAGUUUGCUGACAAUGGGGGGUGGUUCUCCCUUGAAGGGGAAGCCAGUUGUGGUUCUCAAUUUGACCGGCUACAUUGAAGACGCUUUUGAGAUGCGAUUGCAAGAGAUGGAGCUCAAGGGUGGCUUCCGCACCAACAAUCUCUACUACCAGAGCGUGUGGUGGAUCAACAAAGAGAAUUUUGGGCACGCGCGCCUUUCUCGAGAAAUCACAGAUGCCUGGAUUAGCCGCCGUUUCUCUCAUGGGGGUCAUCAGUUCUCUGCAGAGGCUCCAGAUUUGUCGCAAGCAGAGCUGGAUGCAAUUCCUGGAGCUACGUCCACUCAUCUUGAUAGCAUGAAGUUUGAGGUUCUCGAGCGCACAGGUCCCGGCAAUGCAUUCUCCAUCAAGGUUGACGAACACAAGUUCUGGUCGCAGCAAAGUGGGGAGAUUGGGGAGAAGUACAAUGAAUUGCGAGGGCGACACCUUGAGCUCAUCGGUCGCUCGAGGGCUGAUGAGAGCUCUCCUGGUGAGGAGCUUCCUUCCACCGCAGUGGAUUCAGAGGUCACGCCUCAGGAUCCGUCAAGUGUGCAGUGUACUGAGCUGGAUUCGCUGUCCAAGCUGGAAGCAUCGGUCGGCAUCGACUUCAAGUGUGCCAGCGAGGUAUCCAACAUUGAGCUGAUCCUUGCAAAAGACUCCAGUCUUUGGAUUCUUGCCAGCCAGGACAAAAACAUCCCGAAGUUCACACUGUUAGGCGGAUUUGGAAAUGGGCAAUGGGUAGCUCAGAGUGACAGUCAGCCUGGGAUUGAUUUUGCCAUGCCUGAUGGAGAUAAAACCAUCAUUCAGGUGGACGAAGCUUCCUUUUCCAGCGAGGCCCAGGGCGUGAGCACCUGCUCCCUCUUCAAAUUGCUUGUUCGAUCAGAGCGGGAGAAGGGGUCGGUUGAUCACCGGAUGUCCUUCCUUGACAUUUCCCGCAAGGAUGAUGCAGCUGUGGAUCCAGGCUCCGAUGGCUUCAACAUCGGGAUCAAGACAGCGAUGAAAUUUCGCUGCAUGCGGGAUCCCAGAUCCAGCUCUGGUGAAGACCGUGUCACUGCCAAGAACCUCUUCUCGAAGUGCUUGGCUGCGGCUAGCAAUUCAGAUCUGAUCACAAAAGUUUUCAGAUUCAGGUAUGAACGAGUAGGUCAGAACUGGAAAAUCCAGCGCCCAUAUGUCAUUUCUUCCAAAGGGUUUUCAGUCAAGAAAGACAAACCCUUGAAGCUCACCAAGGCCUGA